UUAAAAACAGAUGUUUUGGAUGUAAAUAACCCAUGUAAAUAACGGAAUAAUUAAAAGAAAAAGUUAAUUAUUAUGUCUGUAGAAGAGGCCCAGAGAAAAUUAGCCGAGUAUAGAGCUAAAAAACAACGUGAAGCUGCCCUGAAUCGUUAUAAAGCUCAAAUUAAAAUUAUGUUUUCAAAGUUCUUCCCAAAGAAACCUGAAAAGACUAGUGACACCAAUUGUGACACAAAUACAGAUAAAAAAGAAGUAUUAGAGCCCUUGAUAGUGGAAGAUAUAAAUUCUGAAUGUGAAUCGGCAUCUGCAUUAUCGGAUGAAGAAGAAAACUUAUCUUGUACAAUCUACGAUUACAUUUACUAUUUCUUAUGGUUUGUUUUAUGGGUAUCCCUUUACAUAGUUUUUGUUAGGCUACAAUUCGGGACUGUCUACUUCAUAGUGUCCUUACUGUUGGCCAUAUAUUUCAACACUCGAACAGGUCCCAAGAAAGUAAACGAAGUUAGUGCUUAUUCAGUGUUUAAUAGGAAUUGUGAAAGCAUAGAUGGAACGCUUAAUGCUGAACAACUAACAAGAGAAAUGAUUUAUGGUGGAUUUAGAUAGUAUGAUAAAAUGGAAAAUAUAAUAAUCAUUGUGAUAUUUUUUAUAAAUUAGAUCUUAUAUACCUAAAAAAAUAUAUUUAUUACUUAGAUUAUAUUUUAAUUAUGUUUGUAUUAGAUAUGGUACAGGGAUUGGAAUGAAUAUACAAAAAAAUAAUGUGAAUCAUCAACUUAUAUCUAUCUUAAAACUUGAUAAUUAACUAUACCAACAAUAUUUUAUUUUAUAUAU